AAACAGCGGCUCAGAAUGCAGUGUGCUCUCAACUUGCAUGUUCGUUUCCACCCACCUUCAGACCUUAUACAUAUACAUAGACAGGGAAGUAGCAUACAUGAACAUGAUAGUACAUCUCGUCUUCUCCUAGAUUUGCCAGCUGCAAUGCCUCGCACGACUACUCAUCAAACUUCGUUCUUGCUACAAGUGAUGACCUUAGGUUUGCUUGUAGAGAUCCAGCUACUGGCACACCGUUCCCAUGCCAUGUCAGCAGACGCCGGUACCGCACGAUGCCGCGGGGAUCAGGCCGCGGCGCUCCUCGCCGUGAAGCGUUUCCUCUUCUUCACCGGCAGCGCCACCUCUGGGCCGGCCACCACGACGCUGCCGUCGUGGAGAGAGGGCACGGAUUGCUGCCGAUGGGAGGGCGUUGGCUGCAACAACGUCACCGGGAUGGUCACGGCACUCAACCUCGCGUCGCGGAACCUCGCUGGGGCCGUCCCUGACUCCAUUAGGAACCUCACAGCGCUGGAAGUCGUACUGCUCGGCAGCAACAAACUCACGGGGCCGGUUCCUCUUGAUGCACAUAUAUUCCCAUACCUCACAGAGGUGGAUCUAAGCAAUAAUUCAUUCUGGGGGACGGUACCAGCAUCCUUCUUCACUCAGCCAACAUUGCAGAGAUUGUGCCUCAACAUGAACAGACUCUCUGGUGCUAUCGAGGAAUUCCAGAAUCCAUCAGCUACACUGACUUACGUUGACUUGAGCAGCAAUCAGUUAACAGGUGCAAUUCCAACUUCAUUUGCGUAUCUCACUGCACUUCAGAUCCUGCAACUUGACCACAACAAUUUCACGGGCACCUUGGAUCUAAACCCAUUCGUGAGGCUAAAGAACCUUACUAUGAUAUCAGCAUCCUAUAAUCCCUUGUUAUCUGCUUCCGGGGAUGGUAGUAAAAUUGAUGCUAGUAACAACAGUAUUACUAGCUUGAAUCUAGCAUAUUGUAACCUAACAAGGUUGCCCCAAGUCCUUAGAUAUCUACCAGAACUAGGGGAUUUGGAUCUCUCUUGCAAUCAAAUUCAAGGGGAGAUACCUCAAUGGAUUUGGAGAAACAUGAGCUCCUUGAACCUGUCGCACAACCUCUUCACCACAGUAGGCCGGCCGCCGCACUAUGUUAAUAUAAUGUACAUCGAUCUUAGCUUCAAUAUGCUCCGUGGCGCCGUGCCUUUCCCUUCCAAUGGGGAUCGUCUUGAUUACUCCAACAACAAAUUCUCGUCCAUCCCCCAGAGUAGUUUCCUCCGCUUCAUCCAAAUAAACCCCCUCCUCGAACGGUCCGGGCUCACGACCUACUCUGUCAACCUUGCGAACAAUGAACUGAGUGGGCCUAUCCCCUACUCAGAAUGUCGUGAGCAGUAUGCUCUCAGAAUGCUAGACCUAUCCGGCAAUAAUCUCAGCGGAUCGGUGCCACCUUAUUUGUUGAAAGGUUGCGGUCAACUCAUUAUGUUGAACUUGAGGGGAAAUCAUCUUGACGGAACAUGGCCUGACAAGACUAGCGAAUCAUGUCAGUUGCAGCUGAUAGAUUUACAUGGGAAUCAUAUCCAGGGGCGCCUCCCGAGAUCGUUGGCUCGGUGCCAAUAUUUGAUAGCUCUUGACAUUGGUGGGAACCAUUUCACAGACUCUUUCCCUAUAUGGAUGGGUCAGCUACCGCAACUCCGACUAAUUAUCUUGAGAAACAACAAUUUUCAUGGCCCCGUGAGCAUCUCUCCUCUUGUGGAGAAGAACUCGAGUGCCGAUUACUUUUCCCGUGUACGAAUCAUUGACCUUGCAGGAAAUCGCUUCAAUGGCGAUCUAGCACCAGAUUUCUUCAAGAGUUUCAAGUCCAUGGUUUGGGAUCCGAACAGAACGAUUGCAGAAUAUGAUGAUUAUACUACAGUGUCUGCGAAAGAAGGAUUUAUUUCUUAUCUGGUGGCGGUUGAUGUGGCCAUGAAACAACAAUACAUGAGGGUGUCAAAAGUCAGUACUGACCUGGUGGUGAUUGACCUGUCUAGCAACCGGUUCAGUGGCUUCAUCCCGAGGUCAAUCAGCAACCUGUCGUCCCUGCAUGUUGUAAACUUGUCUCGCAAUGCCUUUGGUGGCAACAUCCCACGCGAGCUCGGCCAGUUGGCCCGGAUCGAGUCACUGGACCUGUCGUGGAACCAUCUUGUAGGGGAGAUCCCGCAGGAGCUAGCAACAGUGACCACACUCGCGUGGCUCAACCUCUCCUAUAAUGAUCUCAGUGGGAGGAUACCUUCGGGCAGCCAGUUUUCCACAUUCACCAGCAGCUCGUUCCAGGGCGGAAACAAAGGGUUGUACGGAUGCCCACUUCUUGUGAAAUGUAACCUUACAUUCGUGACUUCGCCAUCUUCGUCACUGCCACCUCCUGUGCGAGAAGGAUCAACAUUUGAGGAUAUCAUGUUAUGGCUUUUUGUUGGUGUAGGCUUCGGAGUCGGAUUUGCGCUGACAAUCGUAUUGCAGGUUGUUUGCAGUGGUCGUCGCGAGAAAAUAGCACACAGCGCUAGAUGAAGUAGUUACCUAGUCUUUUUAUUUAUUUUACAAUCAAGGAUGUGUGGUGUAAUUUCAUGAGCGAAUCCAAGAUAUAUAUGGUUCAAUGCAUGCAAUAUGUACGAGUCUAAAGAAAUGACCAGAACACUGGAGCUCUCCUUUUCCCUUUUUUUUGGCAGAGAUACUUGAAGCCCUUGAUCCGUGCAUUUUGAGCUUCCAUUUUUUUACAGUUUAGAAGCUAUAAAAGCAAGAACAGGAUACCAAGAGCUCUUCCUUGUAUAAUCCGAGCUUUGAGUAC